AUGCACAGCGCGAUCACGGACAGGGAGCAGGCUCCCCUGGACCUGUACGCGACGUACGAUGCCGCAAUCCCGGGAGGCAUUGGGCCAUACGCCUACUUGACGCGCCUCUUUGGCUACGUCUCUUUUCCGGCGUGGGUCCACACGGCGCUGGCUCUACCAGCCCGCGGGACGGACCACGGCCUGAUCAGGCCACACUAUGUCCGCGCCAACCCCUCUCACCACGGUGCUGCCACAUUCUCGUUCAUUGAGUACGAGGAUGGGACUGGGGAGACUGUGGUCGGCCGCGUGCACCUGCUCCUGACGCUGAUGAUGAACAGCGAGGAUGCACACCCCGCGGGAGAGGCCGUGGCCUUCGUGAGGCAGUGGUACCCCUCCCUGGAGGACGAGUGCACUGGCUGCAUGAGGAUGCGGCCAUCUGAUGACGAGCUGAGCUACGACCUUGUGCCGGUCGCCUCCGUGCAGAGGACCGUGCACAUGGUGGAGUCGUUUGUGACGCCUGGCCUCUGGUAUCUUAACAGGUGGGCUGGCCGAUGCCGCGAGGAGUUGCCCUAA